AUGGAUUCCCUUCCGCAUAGCUCGGACGGGAACCAAUAUCCCAGCAUUCCGACGCAUUACCGUGCGCCAUCUUCGCUGCGCUGCUGCUGUGGUCGUGAUGAUUGCGCUCUGCUAGAACACAAUAAUGUUGCUCUCGAGGGACUGGAAAGGGACCUUGAAACAGCGGCAAAACUAGGUCAGUGUGGAGAAGUUGGUGUUCAUGGCGAGCUGAGCCAUGCAUGA